GACUCNAAUCCAACGGAACGACUUCUAAACCUACUACCGCUGGCAUAAAUCCUAGUACAACCAAAGACAAGAAAAUGACAAGGCCACUAUCAGCACCUCUUUCUAAAGCAGCACCCAACACCACAACAAAGUCUCAAAGUGCAAGACCAUCAACAGCAAGACAACCGGAAAAGGCUGGCGGCAAAGCGCCUUCAGUUGUGAAGUCUUCUCGCGAUUCAGUAUCAAAACCCAGCUCUAAAACAACAGCCAGACCCACAGUAAAACAAACAACAGCGCCAUUAAAUGGUAAAGCUAGACCAGCUAGUGCUCUGUCAACUAAACAAAAGCCACCUACAGGCUCCACAAGGCCAAAACGUGAGUCUAAAGGAAAUGCUAAAAAUCYUGUGUCCUUAAAAGAUGUUAAGCCUGUUCCUAAAGCAGAGACAUCCGCUGAUUCGGAAAAYGUGGAGAAGUCGUGUGAUCCACAAUCCAAAGUYASURACAUAGAAUCUGGUGUAGGCAACAAUGUUGGCGAAAAAAGUGAAACUGUAACAUAAACUGUAAAGAGCAACGAGUUUCUGCAGAACUCCUUUUUUUAGAAAGGGAUUUAAAUUUCGUGCAUGCGUCAAAGACUGGCAGCUAAUAUUAUUCAAGGUUCUGAAACCAACUAGAAUACAGUAUUUUCUAAAUAAUAGGACUUUUAUUAAGUCUUCUUAAAAGAAGUAGCGCCGAGAUAGUAUAACAAUGUCGUCAUAAAAUAAAGCACAAAAAAUGUACGAAAUUCAUAAAUUAAAUUUUUCAAUGUGUUGGUAUAAUAAAAUAUUUGUUUAACUAGAACUACUUUAGUUGUCAGUUAAUAACCUUGGUACAUCAGCUACGAUGCAAUUCAAUAUACGUUGAAGGGCUCCAGUGUAGAGUGAACGCACUUAAUCCUUGAACUGAUUUAGCUAGAUUUUUAUACUUUUUGUGAAAUUUAGUAAAUAGAUUCAUAAAGAACUAUGGUGAUCUUCAAAGGAUUUGCACGGCAGCUUUAAUACAAAUUUAUGGUAUUUUGAUUUUGUACAUUUCACGGAUUAAUGCGUUCACUCCAGCCGUCCAUAUUUCCUAUCUUUUUCAAGUCUUUCAAUAUUUUUUUGAUUGUCACACAUUUCACUAUAAUUUUUAUGAAAAAGUAUUAUUUGUGACAAAUUAAAACCUGAUUGAAU